AAUGCAAAAAUAUUAUCAACAAAGAGAUAAACGAACACAGAGAAGAAAGGAUCGAGAGAUGGGUUCAAACGGUUCACACAGAUUGCAGGCUUUGCUUCAACAUUUCCAAUAUUCUCAUUCCAUGCCCAACAAUUCGAAUUCAAAACUAAUCGUUUCCAUGAGAGCUGCAGUUCUGAUCUGCGUCUUCGAAGGUGCCGAUGGGAAUCUGCGAGUAUUUCUAACCCAGCGAGCUUCUUCUAUCGCAACCCACUCCAGUGAGGUUGCUUUGCCAGGUGGCAAGAGAGAAGAAGGCGAUGCUGAUGAUGUACAAACAGCGUUGAGAGAGGCCAAGGAGGAGAUUGGCUUGAACCCUUCUCUUGUUUCUGUUGUCACUCUUCUCCAACCCUUCCAAACUAACUAUGGCGUUACAGUAAUACCUGUGGUUGGAAUACUGUCCGACAGGGAUGCAUUUUCACCAGUUUUAGCUUCGGCUGAGGUUAAGGCAAUAUUUGAUGUUCCACUGGAAAUGUUCCUUAAGAAUGAUAAUAGAAGAGCUGAGGAAAAGGAAAAGAUGGGAGAGAAGUAUCUUAUACAUUAUUUUGAUUAUGAGAAUGAAAAUAAGAAGUAUGUGAUAUGGGGUAUUACUGCUUCGAUCUUAACUAGCGCAGCUACCCUUUUACUUCAACAGCCACCAGCAUUUCUAGAGCAGAGACCUAAAAAUUUGGGGAGGAAUCACGGAAAGUGACUUCAAAAUACUACACAAAAUUAGUUCCAAAGUCUAAUUGUAUUGCAUGUCAGCAUGUAAUGUAUACGUUGCGCUGCUACAGA